CCCAUUUUCUUCACACUUCUCUUCAUCUCUCCUUUCUUCAUCUUCUCUAAUCAAUUUUCGCACCAGAUCCAAAGAAAAAAUGGUUUCUUCAGGUUUCAGAUUGAUCUUCCUUAUGGCUCUCAUAGUCACCACUUGUCUAGCACAAGCCCCAACUCAAUCUCCAACAAUAUCUCCGGCCGCCACUCCUACUCCGGUCACCCCAACCCCAUCUCCGGCUCUAGUUCCAGUUCCUGCUCCGGCUCCAUCGACUACAUCACCAUCUCCAUCCCCUGUUUCGAACAGUCCAAGUCCUUCUCCAUCAACAACAUCAUCACCGUCUCCAAACGUGGCCUCACCUCCAGCACCGCCGCCGUCUGAUUCUCCGGCGGGGGCAGCUCAGGAUGAUAACCCAGGGAGUGGGGCAUUUGCAGUGAGCAGAUCUGUGAUUGUUGGAGGAACCUUGGCUGGAACAUUCAUUGCUUUGGCUUUGAUAGUUUGAAUCUGAUAUGCAUGGGUUUAGAUCUGUGAUGAUGAGUGUUGAUUCGUUCUCAUUAGAUUUCCUUGUUUCUUUCUUUCUUUGAGUUGUUUUCAUUGUUUGUGUUUCGUUGAAUUGAUUUGAUUUGAUGAUAGUGAGAGUUUCAUUAUUGAGUUUGUGUCCCCAUUUGUAAAAAUUCCAAUAAACAUGAUCGGUCUCAUUCUUUUUAAAUUUA